AUGUCAUUUCCUCCUGAAUCAUCACCACCACCAAGUGGCGCUACGAGCAACAUCCAUCAACAAGAUGACACGAUCGUUGGAGGUACUUCCAAUCAAUUUUAUGAAGCUGCCCAUACCAAUCAACCCGGUGGAGCCAGGCAUAAGAAACCAUCGGCUCCGAAACAACAACAACACCGCCGAUCAUCAUCGAAGGGUAGCGUCGAUGCUUCUAGUAAUUCCAAGAAUGAAAAAAGCAAUGCUUCGAAAGGAGGCAAUGGUCAAACAUUGGUAAAAGUGCAUCAUAAGCCACCACCAUCCAGAAAGCAAGCUGCAGUGAAAUUUGUCAAGACACAAUCAACAACUUCGCAAUUAUCAGAAGAAACUACUGAAGAGAUGACCAUAGUAGCUACAUCAUCAUCGACGAUCACUCCUACUGGUGAUUCUUCAAAUUCUCCUACAGCUAGUCCUGGAGCCUCCACAGAAGAAAGUUACAUUCCCAUGUACGUUCGUAAACUCCGAGAAAAUUUGGAGAAGGUAUAUGGAUUGAGUUGUAGUAUUGAUGUGAAAGGUAUUACAAAAACAAUUUGGAAUGGUAUCAUUCAACCAACGAUCAUUUCCGAAUUGAAUCCAAGCUUGAUGGAAAAGUUGAGCGCACAAAAUAUGAAUAAUAUUGCAAGUUAUUUAAAAUCGGAUGAUCCUAGACUGGUCCAAGUAAUAAUGGCCAUUGAUCAAUUGUUGGAAGAUAUCCACAAUGCAGAUCAUGUGGAAGAUUACAUUCCUAGUUUUUUGUUAGACAAGCACCACAUUGUGCGUGUGAAAGAUCAACCAGUAUUGUUACUUCCAACUUUGGAAGCAACUCUAUUCGAUUUGAUUGAGUAUGAAAUUAGAAAUGUCUGGAGAAAAGCUAAUGAAUUUACCAACAUUCAAUUGCUGAAUGUUACCUCUCAGUUUCAAACUCUUACAAAACUCUUUCAUGAAGAAGCACCAAGCCAGAUUGAUCAGUUGUCGCAUGAAUUGAAAAACAUUGAGAAUAUGGAUAACGAAUGCAUGAAACAACGUCUUGCAAUUCAACAAGCGCUUGACAACAUGUCUGACAAGAUUGGUAAACUUGCUGAAUCAAUUAGGUCAUCUAAAGCACAACAAGAACCUGAAAUAGAGGAGCCAGAACAACCAAAAGAAACUCUUGAAGAGCAAAUCCCUGAAGAAAAUCUAAGUGUUGAGGAGCUGCAAGAAAUUGACCAAAAGAGAAGGCAAUUAAUUGCAAAAGUCGAUGCAUUUUUGAAAUUGAUUGAAUCUGAAGAAGAAUCCAACAAGCUCAAACUUUUUUCUGAUGCAGUUCAUUUGUUGCAUGCUUCACUGUACAAUACAAAGAAAAAUGUGGGUUUGACACAAGUGGUGCCACUGCCAGCGCGAACCAUUCCUGUAACCAUCAUUACCUCGUUGCUUAAUUUCCUCAAAGAUAAUACUGAAAAGAUUCCAAACAGCGUGGUUUCCUGUCUUCUUCAAGUUUCAUCUCUCUCGUUGAAAGGUAGGAGGGUUAAUGAGAAGAAGGAGAUUUUCGCUGUGUAUCGUUCUGUUUUGACGCAUUUCACUCAAUAUCUUACCAUUCGAAAAAUGGAAUUAUUUUUGAAAAUCAUGCAUCAAGUGGUACAGUCCUUACAUCACACCGAUCCAGAGUUUGUGACCUUUUUAAUGACGCAUGAAGUAUCAAAGCCAUCUAAAACGAAUGCCAAUUUUUCAGACAGAACCAAACUGGUUGAACUCUGGCAAGUUCAAGCGUUUUGUGCCACUCUCGUCAUGGCUAACCCAAUACUGUCUCAUCAGAUAUUUUCAUUUUAUACUAGACAAGUUUUAACAUGGUUAAAUCUUUGGGAAGAUAUCAGAAAUCUCUGUCUUAGAGAAACAUCUCUAACUUUAAUCAAGAAAGGAUUCAAAACACCAUCCACAACUCCAGCAACCACCCCAUCAACACUUGCUGUUCCUGAGGCCAAUGAUGGCUACGUCUCAUCUUCUGAGAAAGAAUCUGAGGUAGAGCCUAGUGAUGAACGCAUGGAAGAAGUGGCAAAACAAGUUCAGUCUCAGCUUGAGAAAGAGCAAAACGUUUAUGCAGAAAUUGAAAGUAUUGAGAAGGAAUUACUCAAAUCACCAGAAAAAUUGAAAGAAGAGGCUGAAUUGAUCAACAUGACACAACUCACCAAUGAUUGUGUUCAUUUAUAUGAGACUGAACUUAAACCUUCAGAUGAGGAAAAACUUGCAAAGAAAGAGCUUGUUGAAGAGGUUUCAAAAAUCAUCUCAACUCUCUUUUCCCAAAAGCAAAACGCUGGAGAACUUUCUGAACCAAAGAUUUAUACAUAUGGAUCUUAUGCCAGUGAUUUGAGCUUGAAAGGUGCUAGCGAUAUUGACAUGUGCAUUUCUUUUGAAGGACUUGAAAAUAUUCAAGAAAAUAACAAACUUCAAGGAAGAAUUCUUGAAAUGAUUAGAAAAGAAAUGGAUGGGAAAAGUAAGAAUGACAACACUCUUUUCCCUCAUUUGAAAUCUCAAAAUCAAGAAGUGGUGAGAAGUAGUCGAGUUCCAAUCUUGAAAAUUCAUGAUAGCAAGAGAAAUCUAGAUUGUGAUUUAUGUGUUGCUACUUAUAUGGGUGUUGUAAACACUAGGAUGAUUUCCACAUAUUUAAUGGUAGAUCCAAAGAUGUUAACAUAUUAUGGAGUCAAUGCUGAUAUGUACUUGCUUGAUCGAGUGAAAAUGUUAAUCUACAUUAUUAAGAGAUGGGCUAAGAGGCGUCAUAUUAAUGAUCCUCCAGCUGGAUCUCUAUCCUCAUACAGCUAUGUAUUACUUGCCUUGCAAUUCUUACAAACUAUUGAAGUGUUGCCAUCUCUUCAACAAUUGGUUGACGAUGAGAACAUUCUAUCCAAACAGAUCAACAUUGAAGAUAUUUCCAAACCUCAAACGAUUAAUGCAUACAACACUAAAUAUUUCAAAAAUCUAGAAAAGCUCCCUUCAUUGUGGAAGGCCGUUGACAUUGAAAAGGUUUCCAAGUACACACUGGGUCAUUUAGUGUACAUGUUCUUUGAAUUCUAUGCAAAGAAGUUUAAUUUUGACACACAUACUGUGUCAUUAAGAAAUGGAUCGCCCAUUCCAAAGAAGAAGGUUUCACUCAAUUCUCAAACCAUCAUAUCCAUUGAAGAUCCAUUCGAAAUUCGUGAUUUGGGAAGUGUAGUUUCAAAUGAAUUGGGACCUGUGAUUGUGUCUGAGUUUAGACGAGCUUUUGAAAUCCUUUGCAGUGGAGGUUCUGUUCACGAUCUUUUAGAGGAAAGAGAAGGCAUCUCUUCUGUCAAUAUUUAUCAAAUGAAGAGAGAUUUCGGAAAAGGUUAUGAUGAACAUUUGCAACUUGAGCAAGUUGUGGAGUUGAUUCAAAAGGGAGAACUAUUUCAAGGUGAAUUGAGAGUGAACAAGAAGAGAAUGACAGAAGCCUAUGUCACUGUAGAAGGAGGACCUUUCAAGAAAGACAUCUUCAUUGAUGGUCUCAAGAAUAGAAACAGAGCCAUGCAUGGUGACAUUGUGGCUGUGAAGGUUGAAAGGACAAAGAUAGUUGCUGGAUCCGUGAUGGAAACAGUAGAAAGCAAAGACAGUACUAAUGAAGACAAGGUAGAACCAAUCUCAUCAACUACAACUGUGGAAGUAGCCGAAGAAAAUGUGAUAUUCACUGGUGUUGUAGUUGCUGUCUUGAAAAAGAAAUCUCCCACAAUUUUCCCAUGUACAUUAAUGGCCCAAGAUGAAAUUAGAGGUUACAGAUGGCUAAUUCCUCUCGAAAAAUCCUAUCCAAAGUUAAUGGUUAAAUUUGAAGAGUUCGAAAAGAAGUUUAACGCUAAAUCUCAUGUCAUUGAGGAAGGAUUAUUUGUUGUAGAAAUGAAACCUUGGGAUAAGGCCUCUAACUAUCCAAAGGGAUCCCUCAUUGGAUGUUUAGGAUUCAAAAAAGAUUUAUGGAGCUUAAAACGUGCUCUACUUCUUCAAUAUUGCCCAAUUAUGUUCGAUAAUAUUUAUUCAGAACGAAAAGUAGAUAGAGAGGCUGAAAAAGAGAUUGUUUCUACAGGUUCAAGCGCUAUUUUAUCUCAAUCUGUCAAGAUGGCUGAUUCUGUUGCAGGAAGUUUAGUCUCACAGUCUGCGCUUGAGGAAAACUCACAAACUCUCAAAAAUAGACAAGAUUUUAGUAAUAAUUCAAUUUCCAACAUUGGAGAUACCAUCAGUGACAUCAACUUUGACAGAGGAGCUUCGUCUGACAAUUUAAUUCAAGUACAAGACUGGAGACAAUCAAGACGUAUUUUCACAAUUGAUCCAACACAUUCUAAAGAUUUAGAUGAUGCUAUUGCAAUUGAACCAAUUUACGAACAAAACGUUUCAAAAAUCACUGAUUUGAACAGAAAACCCUAUGAGAAUGUUCAAAAGUUUUUAGUCACAGUAGCUAUUGCUGAUGUUUCUCAAUUUGUUCCUUUGAACUCUCCCAUCGAUAAGGAAGCCAGAAAACGUGGUACCAGUGUUUACAUGAUCAAUAGUGUUGAACACAUGCUUGACCCAUCUUUAUCUCAAAACUUGUGUUCGUUGCAUGGAGGUGUGAAUCGAUUUGCUAUUGCUGUUGAGUUUAUCAUGGAUAGAGAGACAUGUACAAUUGAUAAGGAAACGAUCAAAUUUAAUAGAUGUAUGAUGAAUUCUUGCUGUCGACUUGAUUACAACAGAGCUCAAAAGAUGAUUCUUCAUUACAAUAAGAAUAAGUUCAACGGAUUUGUGCAAUCAGAUCCAAAAAUCAAGUUUGGCCUUGAAGCUGAUGAAGUUCCACCUACCUAUGGCUCAUUUACACUGGAUGAAAUUUACGAAGAUAUUCAAAUAUUCAACGAGUUAAGCCAAAAAUUAAGACAACAGAGAGCUGAAAAAGGUAGUGUCUUUCUCAAGAACGAGCAAUUGCAUUUUGAAUGUGAUAUGAACGGCAAGGGAUUUCCUCUUAAAGUAUUGUGUGAUGAGCACAAUGAAUCUCACAUUCUUAUCGAAGAAAUGAUGUUAGUUGCCAAUGAGCUAGCUGCCACUGCAUUAUAUGAACACUUUGGAGAUGCUACUCUUUUGAGAGUUCACUCUUCUCCAAAAAUUGACAAAUGGGCUGUCACUGUUGCUUUGCUUGCAGAUCGUAUUUGCAAAUGGAAAAUUGAGAAUGUGGCCAAGCAAGGAAUUGAUGGUGAAGCCGAAAAUGAAAAAGCGUUUGUUCUUGACAUGCUUGAGAAGUGCAUCAGACAACGUACAAAAGGUUUAGAAGCAAAUGAAAAACCAGUGACCAUUCAAUAUGUGAUUAAUUUACUCAUUGAGAAUACUAAACAACAUGAGACUCUCAUGCACACAAUUCAACACAUGUUGCUUAGAGAAAUGCAAUUAGCUCAAUACGCUACUGUUGGAGAUUGUAAGAAGAGCAAGUCAAGUGAUGAGGAAGAACAAGAUCUCUCUCAUUCAGACUUUUCAAAGAGAUUAAUUCCAAAGAAGAAAUUUGACAAUACUUGGCAUUUUGCACUUUGCAAAGAAUUUUACACUCACUUCACUAGUCCCAUUCGUCGUUAUGCUGACUUGAUUGUUCACAGAUGUCUUCUUCAAAUGAUCAAAGAAAAUAGACUAAAAGAGCUUGGAACAUCCAAAGAAGAAAUUUUGGCAAAUAGAGAUGCUUCUCUUUCUGCUCAUGAAAUCUCAUCCAUUGCUGAACAUUUGAAUGACCAAGCCUACAGAGCAAGAUUAUUGCAGGAUGAGUGUGAAAAGCAAUAUCUGGCCUAUUACCUUUUACCAAUUCUCUCAGCUUCAGUUGAAAGAGUGGAAGCUGUGGUUCUUUCAUUAGGUAAAAGAAGUUUCACAAUCUACGUUCCAAAGUAUGGAUUGGAGUUGCAAGUCAAUGCCAUGAAACACUUUUCGCCAACACCUACAACCAUAAAUCUUGAAGAGCGAGAAAUUGAAAGUAUGGUACCUCGUAAAGUGUUGAGUAUUGCAUCUGAAACUGCUGAAGAAGAUGGCCAUCUAGGAGGAUCCUUUAUUGAAAAAUUAAUCAUUACUUGGUCAUCAUCAACAACUCCAAUUACAUCUGUCGAUCUCGAUGAAGAUCACUUGAAAGAAGCGACAAGUUUGGAACAACCAGAAAGUAAGGUUGGCACGAUAUCAUCUUCUUCAUGGACUCCUUACAACAGAACUAUUGAACUUGUUCCUUUGAAAAAGAUUUUGGUGGACAUUGAUGUGAAUUUAGGACAAGUACCGAUUGAAAUUAUGUGUUACAACAUUUGGGAGUUUGGUCAAGAAUUGAAACAUCCUAAUUUUUCAUCCAAGAUGAUUCAAAAGCAUGGCAAAACUGCAGCUUCACAAAAUGCAUUUAAGGAAAACGCUAAAACGAAUGAGAAAACAUCGGCAGUGUUGCAAUCUGUCAGUGCUCAAGUGAAACAAAUGGAAAAUAUCAUUGAAACCAUGCAAAAGAAGAGCAGAAAGAAGACCGUACCUCCAACAUCGUCUAGUGCUGUUACAACAACAACAAGCUCUCAACAGCAAUCAAUAUCAGCACCUUCACCUCCACCACAUGUUUCAAGACCUCAUUUCCCUACUUCAUCCAGAGGUCGAGGAGGAAGAGGACGAGGAGGAAGUAGUAUUGCUUUGGGAGAGAGUGGUUCAUACACUUCUCAUCACACCACUCAUCAUCAUCAUCUCCACCAUUCAGAAAGAGGUAGUGGCUCAAGCACUCGUGGCAGAGGGGUUCGAGUGAAGCGUGUCCCUCACAAUGAGGAAUAA